AUACGCUUCGCAUGAACGUAUCAAAUCAAUAACGAAGAAGACGAAGGUGUGCGAAUAAUUGAAUAACUAACUUUCAGUUAGUGAGUGUGUGUGUGUUAGUGUAUUUGAGCAAAAGCUAAAAUCGUGUUUUGAGCAGCAGUAUAAUUUAAAAACAAAAUAUUCAUACACAUUUAGCGCUAGAAAAAUACAAAAAAAUUGAUCACAAAAGCAUAAACUUGAAAAUUAAAAUUUCAAAAUUGAAACCUGAAACCUGAAAAAUGUUGCGCGUAAUUUUUAUCACCGUUAUAAGCGCACUUUUCACAAAUGUGGUGUUUGCACAAUACUUCGAAACGCAAACGCGCCGCUGCUUUAAUCCCAAUCAACGUCCCGGCGCAUGCGUCUCCAUCUAUGAUUGUCAGACCUUGUUGUCCGUAUUGCAACGCGGCACAAUCCAACCGCUCGAUACGGAAUUUCUGCGCGCUUCCGAAUGCACCGGCGGCUAUGGUAACGGUCCGUAUGUGUGCUGCACGGGGGAUACCGGUUACACGCGCAAUACUUACGACGACUACAACCGACAGCCGAGCACUGUGCUGUUUCCCGCCGGCUUCGGUGGUGGGCGACAGCAGCAGCAGCAGCAACAGAGGGGGCAGCACUUAAAUCAAGUUGGUGGUGGGCGUGACUUUAACAGCAUCGGCGUUGACGGCGGUCGCAACAAACAGACACGAGAUCUGACAACUGGUGUGCAAACAUCUGCAGCGGCCGUGCUGCCGCGCCUGCCCACCUGUGGCGGUGUGACAAUAUCGAACAAGAUCUACAGUGGCACAGAUGCAGAGCUCUAUGAAUUCCCAUGGAUGGUGUUGCUCGAGUACAAUCGACGUGCCGGUGGCCGGUCAACCAGCUGUGCGGGUUCGCUCAUAAAUAGUCGCUAUGUGCUGACGGCGGCGCAUUGCGUGAAAGGUGCUAUUGAGAAGAAAAUCGGAGCGCUCACCGCCGUACGCCUGGGUGAAUAUGACACCACAAAGGAAACCGAUUGCAAUGGUUACUCAUGCGCGCCCUCAGCCAUACGUGUCGGCAUCGAGGAGGCCAUACCACACGAACAAUAUCGCGAUAACUCGGCGAAUAAGGAAAAUGACAUCGCACUGAUUCGUCUCGAUCGUGAUAUACGCUUCUCCGAUUCCAUACGCCCCAUUUGCCUGCCAUCGGCAGUAGCGCAAGAGCGUUCGGCACCUGCCAGCGGCACACAGUACACCGUCGCCGGUUGGGGUCGCACGCUGCGCAGUCCCAAGAGCGCUGUGAAACAGAAAUUGCAAGUGCCGUUGGUCGAUUUAGCGCAGUGUCAGCAAAAGUAUCGCGAACGCAAGGUGAAUGUGGUGGAUAAUCAGCUGUGUGCUGGUGGCGUUUACGCUGAAGACAGUUGCGAGGGCGAUUCCGGUGGUCCGCUAAUGCGUUUCCGUAACGACGCCUGGGUGCUGGAGGGCAUCGUGUCGUUCGGUUACAAGUGCGGUCUGAGCGGUUGGCCGGCGGUUCACACGCGUGUGGCCAACUAUGACAGCUGGAUACGCAGCAAAUUACGGAAUUAGUUUGAUUUUUUUCAUUAAUGGACUUGUAUUUAAAUGUAAAUUAUAUAAAAUUACAUUAGUCUAGUAUUAAAUUAGUAUUUAAUUACAUGAAUUUAAUUGUGAUCUUGCCAUUAGUUUCUCAUUUUAUUUCGUGUCAUAUUCGAGUAUUCCAAAAAGCUAUUAUAUAUCACACAUAAACAACUACAAAACACAUAUUUUAUUU